GCUCAACGCCAAACGCAGAGUGUGAUUUGCCUCAGGUUUGGACGGCGCCAUGGAAACAUCAAACAGGACAUGGUUUAAAGCACACUCCACACUACGGUCCAGCCAACAACGGCAGAAUAACUCUGUUAAACCGUUGGGUUAGCCCCACAAAUUCCACAUGUUCUAAAAGCGACCGAGGAAUUCAUGCGAGCGGGGAUUUUGUGUUGAUCCUAGGUUUCCCGUGCUCUAUCUGGGACAGCUCAAGAUGGGAACAUGGCAACCAUUUGUUAUGCGUCACGUACUCCCGUCUGACAUCUGGUUGGCAGGCUUGCGUCUGUCACAAAGAAGAAAGAAGACAAAUGCUCUUGCUGAUACUUGAUAGCAGCUUAUCUUCAGAUAUCACUUCGACAAGUAGACGAAAAACUUCACCGCCACAACCCACAAAAACGGCCACCAAAAAUCAACCAAAAACAAUGCGGUUUUGCGGAUAAAAACAUACAACACCAGGGAUUCCCCAGUGGUCACCCACCUGAGUACUGGUCUGGCGGUCAGCUGUUUGACUAGGGGAGAGCGGACGGGAUCCCGUAUUUUCAGCUGCCUAUGGUCGUAUGUGAAAGAAUGGAGUGGAUAAUGGGAUUGUAUGUGCUGUUGGGAAGAAGAGAUGGCGAGAGUUUCCCAUGUCAUUGCAUGGGAAACAGAGAACGUUGACGAAGAGACGGAAUGACGGCGAAGAACGGGCUGCAUACUCUACAAGAAACGAUCUACAAGACACAGCUGUUGACAUCAAUGUGGCCUUCGAAUCAGAGUCAUCGCUGGUCCAGAAUGUGGGUAUCAUCUUCUGGAAGAAGAGAUGACGAUAUCUAUGGGUUGAUAUGAGGUUGUGUCGGGCUGUAAUCACAGAAGGUGCAAUCGUGCAGUUCUUGCCAUGUUGUUCGUAGUCAGUUGGCACCGGCUGUUGAGUGGUGCCAAACUCACUCCUCUUAGCUCUCAUUUCACUUCUCACUCUCAUCUCACCGCCCACUCAAGCAGCCUCGCCGAACAGCCCCUCGCUCACAAAUCCUCACACCAAGCAAACCAUGUCCCAUCAAUACCGCAAACACUUCACCCCCCUCGAAUCCAACCCCUCCCUCUUCACCUCCCUAGCCCACACCCUCGGCCUCUCACCCGCCCUAGAGUUCCACGAUGUCCUCUCCCUCCACGACGCCGACCUCCUCUCUCUAACCCCACGUCCAGCCCACGCACUCAUCAUAGUCUUCCCCACCUCCCCCAACUACGAAGCCGAACUCACCACCAAGGACAAGGGCAUCACCCAGUACACAAGCAGCGGUGACAACGAGCCAAUAAUCUGGUACAAACAAACCAUCAACAACGCCUGCGGCCUCUACGCCAUCCUCCACGCCGUCAGCAAUGGCCACGCUCGAGACUUCAUCAUUCCCAACUCACACCUCUAUCAGCUCCUGACAACUUGCACGCCCCUCAACCCACGAGACCGCGCCGCUUUCCUAGAAAACGACACGAACCUGGAAGCAGCGUACAAAACUGUCGCUCUACAGGGUGACUCGGCCGUCCCUGAGAACCCAGAGGAUGAGGUCGACUUUCAUUACGUGUGUUUUGUCAGGUCGCCCAAGAACGGGCAUCUAUACGAGCUGGACGGAGACAGGAAGGGGCCCAUAAAUCUAGGAAAGUUUGAAGAAGACGAUCUCCUUUCUGAACGGGGAUUAAGAGUGCUAAAGGAGUUUAUCGAGAAAACAGAGUGCGAAGGGGGAGUUAGCCUACUUGCGUUGGCUCCGGCGGAAUAGGUAGACCAGAUGGUGGCUAUGCAUGAUCAAAACUUCAACCGCCAUUGCUUGCACACUGAGCAGGUAUAAAACAGACAACUGCAUGCGUGUCACGACAAAAUGAACC